GAUUAAAUUUUUUGCUUUUUUCUAUGAAUCUGCGCUUUUGAAUUUUUUUUGGGGGAAAUUUUUGUUGUGAAAUUUCGCUCAAUUUUUUCAUUUUCCAGUCAAAGAUGGCAGAACAGCCUCGGAGAUUUACAGUAGGGUACGCUCUCGCGCCAAAGAAAGUGAGCAGUUUCAUCCAGCCUUCAUUGGUGGACCAUGCGAAGCAGCGCGGUAUUGAUCUCGUUCGAAUCGAUCUGGACAAGCCAUUGAUCGAACAAGGACCGUUCGAUUGCAUUAUUCACAAAAUGAAUGACGAGGAUUGGAAGAAUCAGUUGGAGGAGUUCUCGACGAAGAACCCUAAUGUCGUCAUAAUCGACCCGCCGGAUGCAAUUGAGCAGCUUCACAGCCGGAUUUCGAUGCUGGAGGUGGUAAAGGAUUUGAAAAUUCCGGACGGAACGGAGAGUUUUGGGAUUCCGAAGCAAAUUGUGAUUUAUGAUCCGGAAUCGUUAUUGGACUCCAAGGUGUUGGAUGGGCUGAGUUUUCCGGUGAUUGCUAAGCCGUUGGUGGCAGAUGGGAGUGCGAAAUCUCAUAAAAUGUCGCUGGCGUUCAACGGAGAGGGGUUGAAGAAGCUGACCACUCCUAUUGUGUUGCAGGAGUUUGUGAACCAUGGCGGGGUUAUCUUCAAGGUGUAUGUAGUUGGGGACCAUGUGACCUGUGUGAAGCGCAGGUCGUUGCCCGAUGUUUCGGCGGAGAAGUUGGGGACAUCCGAGGGUUUGUUGACAUUCUCUCAGAUAUCAAACUUGACUGCAACUCAAGAACCUGGUGAAAAUGAUUGUGAAGACAUAAUGAAUCACGUGGAAGAAGCUGAGAUGCCACCAUUAAAUUUUGUUAAUGAAAUUGCAAUAGGACUGAGGAAGGCAAUGGGACUUACUUUUAACUUUGAUGUGAUCAGAGAUGCUAAGUUAGGAAACAGGUACCUUGUUAUUGAUAUCAAUUACUUUCCGGGCUAUGCGAAAAUGCCAUCUUAUGAGACUGUGUUGACUGAUUUUUUCUGGGAUAUUGUGCACCGUAAGAGUUUGGGCAUGAAAGACUUUGAGCAGAGUGGUUCUGAUUGUAGAAAAAGUGAUAAAGAAGCCUGAUAUUAUGACUGGGAUGAUAAUGCAGUUUAAGUUUGAGAAGCACUUGAAUGGCAUGGAAUAAUGUGGACUGUUCCCAAGUGAGGUGCGAUGAAAGGAAAUGAAUUUCUCAACUCUCUCAAGUUUGUGGUGCCCCAUCCAAAAAUUGAUUGGUGAGCAGCACUGCCUUUUGGCCUAUCAGUGACUUUGUUUGGCAUUUGAUGCUGAUUGAUUUUGUAUAUUCCGCCAUUUUGCUAAAUAUAGGUACUUUACAAAAACUUGAAGUUUUGGGUAGAUCAAAGAUGUUAUCAUACUUACAAAUGGGUUGUUGUUGGAGGAAAUAUUAUCAAAUUUAAUGCAUGGGUUUUUCGCCUUGUUCCAUUGUAUUUUUAUCUUUUCUGUUUUGAUUACAUUGUAUUACUUAUUUGAAUCUAUCAUAUAGGUUUUUACAGGGUUAGCACUAAUGCCCACCUUUUCUA